AUGAGGAACCACGCCGUUCAUCAUCUUUUUCUGUGUAUUUGGGUGGUUGGGGUUGUGCGGGCCGGCGUUCCUGGUAUUCAUAUUAAUCAGAAUCAGGUGCAAAAAGAGCUCGAAGAUGAGGCCAAAAUUUAUCUCUUCAAAUUCGGAUAUAUGUCUUCAAGGGGUCCGACAGCACCAAAAUCACCUUCUCAAUCGACGAAGGCUCAACUAAGCGAAGCUUUAAAACGAUUCCAGGCGGCGUUCCUUUAUUAUUCCUCAGGAAUCGUUGAUGUUCCGACACAGGCGAAAAUGAACGAGUGGCGAUGCGCCAAUAACGAUAUGAGCAAAGGGAUGCCAAUUCCAGCUGCGGACAAAAAGGAGCUUUGGAAAAAGAAGCGAUUAACGUGGAAUAUUGUGAACACACCGAAGACAUUAACCGAAACCCAAAUAAGGAGCGCCGCAAGGGAAGCAUUCCUCAAAUGGACCCAAGCCACCGGAUUCCAGUUUGUCGAAUCGAAAAAUGAUAAAAUGCCCGAUAUUACGAUCACGUUUUAUGAUGUGCCGCAAAGCUAUUUGAAGAUCGCCGCCAGCGCCUCGAAACCAGUUCAAAGUCAUAUAAUUCUGGACAAAAAUCAAGAAUGGGCCUAUAAAAUUGAGACACCGAGGGGAAUCUCACUCUUCCAUACGCUACUCCACGAAAUUGGGCACGUUCUCGGAUUGCCGCACAGCUUCUAUAGAGGCUCGAUAAUGCACCCAAUCUUCAAGCCGAUUUACCUGCCGUCGGGCACAAUUGACGAUGUGCCAAAUGUUGAUCGUCUCGAAUUUCGCAAAUUAUAUGGGCUUCAAUCGACUGAGGAUUCACAGACGAUUUCCGGCGAUCCGUUCAACUCGAAAUGCCCCAAACAUAUCGACUCGAUUGCGGCAUUGAAUGAUCGCGAAUGGCUGCUAUUCCGCCACGACAAGGUCUACCGUGUGAACGAUCGCAUGUUCGUCGACGAGGGACGCAAAAUUCAACAAGUCUUCCCACGCGGACCACAAUUUGUCAAUGCCACAGUCACAUCCGGCGGCCUUCUUCUAUUGUUCGUCGAGCGCACCAUUUAUGGAUAUGAGAACGACGGCGUCACAUUCAGUGAGGCUCCCGGAUAUCCGAAGGAACUUCACGACCGCGUCCUAUUCUACCCGCAAGGCGCGUUUCCGCUGAACAACGGUAGCGUCAUUCUUCUCUCGGGCAACGUGUUCGCCACAUACAACAUCGGUCACAAUUCGCCAUCGUUCCUCAAUGAUAAAAACCGCUACUUCCCGAAUCUGCCCGUCGAUUUCCAUUCGGGCAUCGAGAAACAACAAGGUCUCGCCGACGCCUAUUGGAUGUUCGACGAGGCGACCGUCUCCGACUAUGAUAUGAACGCGAAGCAGGUGCUCCAAAUUCAAAACAUCCCCGAUUUUUUGAAAUGCACUUGA